CCGGCCACUAAGCCCUACUCCACGAUCUAACUGAAUCAAAACUAGCCAGCUAUUUACUCAAUCUAUCUUCCUCAUCUUUUCAGCCCAGUUGCAUAGCUAGUAAUGAAACUAGAAUAAAGCUGAAGUGAUCAAUGGAUAUCUUAACAACAUUAUGGUUGUCCGAACUGGAAAUGGACGAUCCAAUGAUUGUGACGAGUCACCAAAGCCAGAUGAGUUCUAUGGAAGAGUCAAGAUACUCGGCUUCUUUGAGUCCACAAGGAGGUACGCCUCCUCCAGGAGACUCGUCGAGGUCGUUUUUCAGAUCUGAAGAUAAUAGUAGAUUAGGGACUACACCAGCACCCAAAAUGCUUAAAACCGCUGCUAAAAUGAUUCCCAAACCUUCGUCAACAAUCAUAUCCUUUCAUAAUGCGACAUCAGCAACUACACAAUAUAAUGACGAUCAUGGGAACGAUAUUAGCUCAGUCCUGAUGGGGAUGAUUUCUGAGGGGAGCAGAAAGGCUUCUGCAACUACCAGAAAUCCGUUACAGGCUCAAGACCAUGUCAUUGCUGAAAGACAACGGCGAGAGAGACUAUCUCAGAUGUUUAUUCAACUCUCCUCUCUUGUUCCCGGUCUAAAGAAGAUAGAUAAGGCUAGUGUGCUGGGAGAAGCAGCCAACUAUAUAAAACAGCUGCAAGGACGCGUCAAGGCACUGGAGGAAAAGAUGAUAGAAAAAGAUGGAGAAGCAAUAGUAUCGGUGGAGAGAUUCAGGCUUCAUACUGACGAAGAUCAAUCAUCUUCAUCAGGUGACGAUAACUUUGCUGAUCACAACGAGGAGUCAAUUCCGGAGAUUGAAGUGCGGCUUUCGGAGACUGAUGUAUUCCUUAGAAUUCAAUGUCAAAAAAUCCCGGGACUUGCUGUUAAAAUGUUGAGCGAUAUCGAGAAGCUUCACAUGACAAUCGUUAGUAGCAGCGUCAUGCCAUUUGCCAGUAAUUCUCUGCUUAUUACCGUCAUUGCUCAGAUGAACAUGGAAUUCUGCAUGACUGCAGAUGAUCUGAUGAAACGCCUGCAGUUUACAGCUCUAAAGCUCAGAUGCAGUUAGAGAAUAAAUGGUUACUGUUGCUGCCUGAACUUUUGUAGCUUUCUAUUUUGAUAUCUAUUUUACUAAUAAAUCCAUCGAUCUUGUAGUUGAUUAAAACUGGGGGUUCUUUUAUCAUUUGUCUAGCUAUGUAUGUCA